CCCAUUUGCCUUUUUUUAACCAGGUCAUGAACACUGGUAUUGGAAUGGCCACUAGUAAGGAGAGAACCGUCACGCUGCGCGUGAGCAGACCAACGGGCAAGCCGUUGAAGAGAACUUUUUUGAAGGAGGAAGCGGAAGAUGAAUACGUCAUCGAUAAGGCCGGUGCGUACGAGAUCUGUUUGUCUAACGCUCACAGCAUGUACGUCAGUAAGAUGGUGUACCUGUUCGUCAGUGUGUCCUACAAGGAGGACUGGGAUCAGUACAACGAGGUUCUUGUCCAAAAAUUUGAGGCUAUGCAGUCUAUGGGUAACCUGACUCAAACGAUGUCCAUGGUUCGCAACCGAGUCAACUACAUGCUGAGCUUCCAAAACUACAACCGCUGGCAUUUUGCUAAAGACUUCCGAAUGGCAAAGAUCAACAACUUCUACGUGCAGUUCUGGUCCAUUCUGCAGUGUGUCGUUAUUAUCGGAUGCGCCUUCUUCCAGGUGUACUUCGUGAAGAAGCUGUUCAUCGUCAAGACCCUAACGCCGACCAACAAGCCGAGAUGCUGACGACAAGGGUUUGGACUUUAAGUGUUAGAAACAUAACUUAAAUAACUAAUAAGCUUAGGGCAUCUAAAAUACGAAGAUGUUGACGAUAGUUGCAGUUUGAUAUAACGUCGGAUGUAGGUUGCCCGCGGAUAAAGGUGAAAUAGUGUUAUUAUAUAAUACAUACAUGUUAUCAAGCGCGCCGCUGAAAGUUUCCUAAUUUAGAAACCCGUCUUUUUCGUCCCAUGCGUGCACGACGUGCGUUAUUCUUUCCGAGUCUCCAUAUUGUUACCGCCUACAAAUACACUUCUUG